UUACAAGCCCUCGUCGUGUGUCGCGACAUUCAGCCGAAUAUAGUUGUGACCUCAUUCUACCUCGCGCUCUGGUCGCAAGCAUCGUAGCAAAUCCCGCUAGUCCCGCUCCUCCGCAUCCAGGCGGCGAGUUCACUGUUGAAGCUUCACACUUCACACUUCACACCACCAUCCGCCCUCACGACGCCGCGCCCGCUAUAUCUCUAGGCCUACUACACCUUCCACCGUUGCUGCCCCUCAUCGCGCACAGCAAUGGACAGCGCGUACGACCACAUCCAGGAAGAAAGCUACCCGGACGACGAGCCCCGCGCCCAGGACAGCUCCCAACGCCAGAGCGCCGACUUCAAUUCGGAGAUUCAGGAGGCUUACAAGGCUAUAUCCGCCAGCCCGUGGGCCGCACGCUUGGGUGGCUUCCUAGGGACUGUCAAGAAGCAGGGCGAGCAAUACUACGAUGGCGCCCGCAAGGAAGCUGCUGCUGCCAGUGAGCAGGCCAGCAAGGGCUUGACCUCCAUCAUAAGCCGAACUCGCGCGGUUUCUAUUCAACAGCCCGAAUCAGAGGCCAGCUCUUCAAAGGAUGCGUCGACCGCAGAACCCUCAUCCCCGCCACACCCCGACCGCCCUGAAUCACUACCGGCAGACAUUGUCAAGGAAGCCGAGGGCAUCCUCGCGCGCUUCAAAUCCGAGGCUGCUAAGCGGUUGAAGGACAUCGAGAAGGCAGAAGACGCAGCGGACGAAGCCCUGCUGAAAUUCGGCACCAACAUCCGGAGUUUCCUGCGCGAGGCCGUCACAAUUGCGCCGCCGGACGCCCAAUCCUCGUCCGAUGACCCUACCAAGGUGCUCUUCGAGAGCAAAGACUCGGAGGGCAAGCGUGUGAUCCAUACGACCCGCUUCGAUGCCCAGCUACACGUCAUCCACUCCUCCCUCGACAGCUUCCUCAAGGACCCGGUGAGCCCGGAAUGGGCGGGUUGGGCCGACAAGUUCGACAUCGACGGCAAGACCGACGCGAUUUCCAAAGACCUAGAGAAGCACGAGGAGUUAAGGCGAGCAAUGGAGAAGCUCGUACCAGAAAAAGUCGAGUACGCCCAGUUCUGGAAACGGUACUAUUUCCUCCGCCACGUAAUCGAGAGCGAGGAGCAGAGGCGGCGAGAGAUGCUGAAAGCUUCCGCAGCCGCCCCCUCCGACGAAGAAAUCGGCUGGGACGAAGACUCCGACGACGACUCCCCCACCCCGCACCCUCACCCCCUCGCCGCGUCCAAAGAAACCCUCAAGCCCGGCGAGAACCCACACUCGGACCUCCUCAAGCCCGAGGCCGCGCCCCGCCACUCCAACGAUGGCCACUCCCAGGCCGACAGCGACGCGAGCUACGACCUCGUGAGCGGUGCGACGAGCCGCGCGCCGGGGAGUCCAAAAGACGCGAAAAAGGAGACUGUGAACGAGGAAAGCGAUGAGGAGGAUUGGGAAUGAAGAGUUAGCGGCUUUGCUAGGUUUGUGGGCGGCUCUGUAAGGUGUAGCUGCUGUGGUUGUGGUAAUCUUCGAUUGAUUGCGGUUUGGGCGCGCCCUAUGCGCGGUGUUUCUGGCGUUGUAGCUUGCUAGGAUUUCUUCGGCGAGGAUUCCGUUGCUUUGGGAUUGUCUUGCGCCACCUAUACCUCCUAGUGCCUUGCGUUAAGAAAUGCAUAAUCAGGUCCUCUUCAAGAAAUCAGACAUAAGACGUAAUGUUGUGAAGAACAGAAGCAAGUGGUAUCUUAUUGGGACUCCGUAUCUCAUGAACACAUAGCAUCUAACC